GCCACCUCCUUCUGCUGCGCGACGCGGCCGUCGCUGCACCUGCCGCCUCCCGGGGCGGGGAGCGGGGUCGGCCAGCGGGAGGGCCCCGCCCGGUGUCGGAAGGCGGGGCGGCGACAAGCGAGGGACACGGGGCUCCGGCAACCUGCCCCGCCAGCCCAAAAAAGGGCAAGGUACGCGCCGCGCCGGCUGCCGCCGCUCGAAAUACCCGCGGCGCCGCCCGCCCCGCCCGGCCUCCCUCCCCCUCCCGCCUCCGGUGACCUUCCCCGCUCCGGGGCUCGGCGAAAGGGGCGGCGGGAAAGCGAUUCCGAAUGGCCUGUGCCGCUCACCCCGCGCCGCACUACGUCGCUCGUCCCCCCUCGCCCCUCGGCUCGUGCGGACUCCCCCGCCUGGCGCCGUCCCCAUCCUUCCCCCUCCUCCAUCGGUAGGGCAACGGGACUCGGCGCUGAAGGAGCGGAGUAGCACGAAGCGUGGGGACGCUCGGCUAACUGGUGCGGGAGGUUGGUGGCUGUUGUGGGUUCCCACCCCUAAUGUCUCUCCCUCCCCUUCGCUCCAACAACCUACCAUUUUAUCACCGGCGCUUUGACCAACUUCACCGUCCGGCGCCGCCUCCCGCGCAGGCGCGCAGCGGCCCGCCCUCACCGCCUAUCGCCGGCCGUGCUGCUGGGACCAGGCGCAAAGGCGGAGCGCGGGAGGGGAGCCUGCCGCCUGCCCGGCCCCGCCGCCCGCAGCGAAAGGUGCCGGGCGUGCGCCCGAGGGGCCAGAGCAAGCCGGGACGGCCGCCCCGCGUCGGGAAUGGGGUAGGCGGGAACACACCGUUACCUUUCCCAUCGCACGCCGCGAGGAGGCGCUCGGACUACAGAUCCCGUCUGACUCCGCGCUUAAAGGUGCCGCAGCGGCGGCGGGUGCCCGGCGCAGGGUGAGACGGCUGCCGUGGCGGGGGCGGGACAGGACUGGCUGUAGGCAAGGACGGGGCUCCUCGGCGCCUUCCGUCAGCGGCCCCUGUGACCGCCGCGUUCCCAUCCCGUCCUUCCCGCGCUCCGCUGGCCGCUGCCGGCCUCUCUCUCUUAGGGUGAGGUACCGCCAGGCGCCGCCCGGAAGCCGUCCGGCGGAGAGAGGCGGCGGUACCGGGAGCUGUCCCCCGGUUGCCAUCGCGCUCAGGUGGGUGCAUGGAGGCGCCCGGCGCGGCAGCGGCCCCAGCCCCUGCCUCGGCUGCCCGGCGGCGGAUCCCGGGAGUGGGCUUGGGGUGAGAGGAGGCUGGUGGGUGACAGCAGACUAGCGGGCGGGAAAGGACCCGCAAGCGUCUUGGAGGGGAGGAUCAGGGCUUGCAAGGUCCACUAUCAGUAUCGUGUUCGGGAAGGAAAAGUCGGGAACGUGAGCUGCAGUCCAUCGGAAGACAAACUGUACUUCAAAAGGACUCCAAAAGGCAGGAAUUCCCUCGAAUUUGAUACUUACUGGUGCACAGAGAGGAAUGUCUAAGGUUUGGGGUUUUUUUUCCUCCUCUAUUUGCACUCAGAAGUGUAUAUUGAGCACCGCCCCAGGUGCAAAAAGUAGUUUUUGCUAGCCAGACUAAAAACAUCGUUGCUGAAAGAAAACUCUACUGUGCCUGAACCACAGUGCACGGUAUGAGUACUGGAGAUGCAAAAACCAUGUAGCAGAAAGCUUUGAGAGUUGUGGAUUAUCAGUUUCUCCCAACAGCAAAAAAAAAGUGAAGAAUGAAGGCAACUGGCUUCAUUUCCCUAUGGACGUUGGUUUCACUGCCUUGUGGCCAGUUGGCAAAUCCUGCAGAGCAUGAAGAUGUAGUAAAGCAUGCCAUAAAGCUGCACCGUGGGAAAGGAGCUGUUAUCACUCAGAGAAAGCAGUGGGUGUUGGAGAGCUGCAGAAAACUGUCUGGCCUUCUUCGCCAAAAGAAUGUUGUUCUCAACAAACUAAAAAAUGCCAUAAGAGCAGUCGAGAAGGAUGCAGGACUAUCAGAUGAAGAGAAACUUUUUCAGGUGCAUACCUUUGAAAUUUUCCAAAAGGAACUAAAUGAAAGUGAAAACUCGGUCUUUCAAGCAAUCCAUGGCCUCCAGAGAGCCCUACAGGGUGACUACAAAGAUGUUGUAAAUAUGAAAGAAAGCAGCAGACAGCGACUGGAAGCCUUGAGAGAAGCUGCAAUUAAGGAAGAAAUGGAAUACGUCGAACUGUUAGCAGCAGAAAAACAUCAAGUUGAAGCCCUUAAGAACAUGCAGCAUCAAAACAAAAGCCUGUCAAUGCUUGAUGAAAUUCUAGAAGAUGUCAGGAAGGCAGCUGAUAGAUUGGAAGAGGAAAUAGAAGAGCAUGCCUUUGAUGACAACAAAUCUGUGAGAGGUGUAAACUUUGAAGCAGUUUUAAGGGUGGAAGAAGAUGAAGCCAAUUCAAAGAGAAAUGCUUCAAAGAGAGAAGUAGAGGAUGACUUAGGUCUUAGUAUGCUUAUUGAUUCACAGAACAAUCAGUAUAUCCUUACCAAGCCCAGAGAUUCAACCAUUCCUCGUGCCGAUCAUCAUUUCAUAAAGGACAUUGUGACAAUAGGAAUGUUGUCUUUGCCAUGUGGCUGGCUGUGCACAACAAUAGGAUUGCCAACCAUGUUUGGGUAUAUCAUCUGUGGGGUACUCUUAGGACCAUCAGGGUUAAAUAGUAUCAAGUCUAUUGUACAGGUGGAGACAUUAGGAGAGUUUGGUGUAUUCUUCACCCUCUUUCUAGUUGGUCUGGAAUUUUCUCCUGAAAGAUUAAGAAAGGUAUGGAAAAUAUCUUUGCAAGGACCCUGCUACAUGACAGUUCUGAUGAUUGCCUUCGGUUUACUAUGGGGACACUUGCUCCAAAUUAGACCAACACAAAGUGUCUUCAUUUCAACUUGUUUAUCUUUAUCAAGCACACCACUGGUGUCAAGAUUUCUUGCAGGUAGCGUUCGAGGUGAUAAAGAAGGGGAUAUUGACUACAGCAGCGUACUACUCGGCAUGUUGGUGAUGCAGGAUGUGCAACUUGGUUUAUUUAUAGCUGUCAUGCCUACUCUUAUUCAAGCAGGAGUGAGCACGUAUUCCAGCAUUUUCAAGGAAAUACUGAGAAUACUGAUAUUGAUUGGCCAAAUUCUCUUUUCUCUGGCUGCUGUUUUUAUUAUGUGUCUUGUUAUAAAGACUUACCUCAUAGGACCAUAUUAUCGCAAGUUGCAUGUGGAAAGCAAAGGGAAUAAAGAAAUCCUCAUUCUAGGAAUAACUGCAUUCAUCUUCCUUAUGUUAACGAUCACAGAGCUGUUGGAUGUUUCAAUGGAGCUGGGAUGCUUCUUAGCCGGAGCUCUGGUCUCUUCUCAGGGUCACAUGGUUACUGAGGAGAUUAUGUCCUGUAUUGAACCAAUACGUGACUUUCUUGCCAUCAUUUUCUUUGCAUCCAUAGGACUUCAUGUUUUCCCCACGUUUGUCAUAUAUGAACUCACAGUCUUACUGUUCCUUACAUUGUCUGUGGUCAUAAUGAAGUUUGUCUUGGCAGUGCUUGUCCUUUCCCUGAUUCUUCCAAAGACCAGCCAGUAUAUCAAGUGGAUUGUCUCAGCAGGACUGGCACAAGUCAGUGAAUUCUCUUUUGUUCUGGGAAGUAGAGCACGCAGAGCAGGGAUCAUAUCUCGGGAGGUCUAUCUUCUUAUUCUGAGCGUGACUACUCUAAGCCUUUUACUUGCCCCUGCCCUGUGGAGAGCUGCGAUUAUGAAAUGUGUUCCGAGACCUGAAAGACGCUCGAGUACUUGAUUAAGAUUUGCACAUGUAGAAGAAUACAUCUUCUUGCAAGGAAUCUCUUUGUUGCUUAUUGUAUUUCUAUGCACUCAGAAAACAAGAGGUUUUCAGUAGUCAGUCCUCUUAACGUGCACUUGGUUAUAAGCCUUUAUACUGACCUUAAAACAACACUCUACAAUACAAAAUAGUUACAUAAAUUGAAUUGCACACCUUUCAUAAAAUUCCCUUUCUGACAGAUUAGAAUCUGCCAGAAUAUUUUUCCUGAUCUAAUCAAUUAUUCAGAGCACAAAUUAUUUUUUUAAAAAUAUAGCAUCAUGCAAAAUAUGUUGAUUUUUUUUGUUUGUUUGUUUUUUUGCCUGAAUGUGCCUUUUAAUUUUCAUCCUAUUUUGUUACAGCUGGUUCAUCACCAGAUUUUGUUUAAAAAGAAAAACAAUGUAUAAAUAUAUUAUGGUGCCUAUGGUAUCUUCUUUCACUAAAUGACUUGAGUCAUUUUCACAUUUAGGAGCUUAAUAUACUGGUGUAAAAUUAAUCACAAAAUACAUUUCUAAUGGUGAGUAAAAGUGUAGUCUUCUACACAAAGAUAAGGUUCAACUGUUUAUCAUUGAACAGUUUCAAGCAGUCAAAUAGAUAUUCCAGAUGAUGCAGACAAUAUUGUGUGUAUUCUAUUCCAAACUGCAGUGUAUAAUGUAUUUUCAUAUAGUGUUAACUUUUUAUUUGUGUUAGUUCUUGUAUUUAUUUACCUAUUUGACUAAAAGCUGACAGUAAGAAAGGACAUAAGUUAUAUUUGAAGACUGACAGUUGUCACCCAUUCUUGUUGCUAACUGCUGUUACAGUAAUUGUUUACAGAUUUUUUUUUCUUGGUUUUAGAUCAAAAAUAAAUUUAGUAAAACUAGGAAGCCUAAUUUCAAGCUGAUGUGGAAAAGAUCACUUCUGUAACUUUGGAGGUUGGAUGUUAUUUGACACUAUGCUGGAUUUGAAGUUAUUUCAAGUAAAAUAAUUUGCUUAAAGUGAGAAAUGUCAGACUGGAAGUGCAUUUUGAACUCCACAACUUCAUACGUUGCAUUUACAUUGAAUAAAUAGUUAGUCUCUUCAAAA